CUAAUUUCAAAAUUGAAAUGUGAGAAAGAAGAGCUUUUUGUAACUCAAAAUUUGGUCGAUUUUGAUACCCCAACGGUUGAUAACUCAAUUUAGGUCACAUUUUUUUACACCAACUCAAUUUGAAUCAACAAACUUUGGCACGAAUAAGCGUGCCCGUGUGAUCCGAAGGCUGGAAACCUACCUCGAAUCAGCCAAUUUACUAGUUUAGCUUAGUUGUGAUAAUCCUCUCAAAUUUGCCGAGUGGCGGGAAAUCAAGAGAGGGAAAAUAGGAAAGAAGAAAAAUUUCCCUUUUUUUUUUGGCGGGGGGGCCUUCCAGAGAGGUACGAAUCGACACCUAUCUGUGGAGAAAAUGGCGGAAAUCGAAACCCUAGGUAUUCUCGACGAGGUUCAGUCCAUCGUCUCCGAUAAGCUUCAAGUGGUUUCCUACAAAUGGCUCAGUCGGAACUUUUUGGUUUCUUCCAAUGCUGCGAAGAGGCUGCUACAGGAGUUUGUGGAGAAGUUUGGAUAUGGAUUGGAAGUGGUUUACUCUUUAUCUGGCUGGUUGAAGAACAACCCAUCGACUUACCAUAUAAGACUUGUGUCCAAGGAUAAACUCUCAGAUGCAAAGCAAGAAUUUGAAGAAGAUUGUUCCAUUCAAAUUUACAGUAUACAAGCUUGCCUACCAAAGGACCCAGCAACCCUAUGGAAUCAUGAAUUUGUCCAAGCUGAAGAUCUCUUUAAGCAACCAGUGGCAGUUGAUAAUUGCUUGCGGGAUAACAGGUUCUGUGGAGUUUCAAAUUCAUUUGUUAAGCGAGCUGUGGGAGGAGUAGCCUCAGGCGCGGGAAUCCUGCAGAUGAAGACCACUGGACGUUCUGUGGGCUCCACAAGUUCCGCAAAGCCUCAGCAGCCUCCCGAGAGUACAAAAACUUUGAAAACCGAGAGUGUUGUGAAGCUGGAACGAGAACAAGGGGGCCAGCUUGCUGCAGAUAAAGAAAAAGGUCUCCAGUUGUCCCGUAACAACAAAAAGGGUCAAACUGAUAAAAACUCUUCAGGAAGUGGAGGCGCAUUGGCUAGCAUGUGGGGUCGUGCAUCUGCUAAACCUAAACCUGCUGCUGCUUUGCCGCAGGCCAAUGACUCCAAACAAAACUCUGCUGCCAGUGCAGAAGCUCAAAUAUGUGCUCUUGAAUCAGUUGAACACGCUAGCAGUGAUGAAGAUGACCAUGAUAUCAGCGUUAAGAGAACGUCUAAUGGAGAAAGCAGUAGAAAGAGGAGAGUUGUCUUCGAUUACUCGGAUGAGGAAGAUGAACGUGAAGAUGCAGUGAAUCUUGCAUCACCCGACCCUCCGAAAAAGUCUGCCUCAUGUUUAAAAGGCGAGUCGGGUGCUUUUGAACUGGAGUGCAAAUUAAGUUUCAAGGAGAAGGAACAUAAGCCAAAUACGAAUGAGGCGAAAGCAGAUGACGUGAUAACUAACCAACAUUCAGAAGAAAAGAAGAUUGAGGCUCCCACUUCAGAUAAGAACCUUAGCCAUGUUCCUAAAACGGAGUCUUGUGAGAAAGAUAAAGUGGCUAAUGUCCCAGCGAAGAGGAAAAAACUAUUAAAGACACGGAUUGAUGAUCGGGGCAGAGAAGUUACUGAGGUUGUCUGGGAGGGUGAGGAGCCAGAUAAAAAAUGCGAUAAUAAUUCAGCUAAAGUUGCUGAGAGCAACACGACAAACAAAGCCACUAGCAGGCUACCGGUGGUGAAAAAAUUGCCUGCGGCAACCACCACGGCAUCAAACCAAGCAGGAAAAGCUGGAAACAAAAAGGGUCCGAAUAAGGAUCCCAAGCAGGGGAAUAUCAUGUCAUUCUUCAAGAGGGCGUGACGGUAACAAUUGCUACAUCUAUUUGUAUCUUGCAGUUUUAUAAAAACCUCGCAAUAAGUUGUGGCUUGUAAUUUUUCAUCACAAAAGUUAAGACUUGUCAUAGAUAGUUAUUAAAAGUAGCCUUGUCGUAGAUAGUUGAAUUUGAGUGUUUGUAGAGACUUCUAUCUGGAAAUCUUAUCUAGUUUUCUGACUGUCUAUCUUGUCAAAAACCAUGUAUUUUAUCAGGAUUUGUACUCCAAGUUGACCGCUUUUAGUGCCGUAAGGAGAUUAUAUGAUAUGAGGCUUGUUGUAAGGUGAGAUUUUAUUGUACUGAGAACUAUUAUAUGUUAAGAUUACAUGGAAAGAGAUCGUUCAUUGGUACAUGUGUUUCUAGUACAGUAUAAUUUUCCGGCAAAAUUUAGCUGAAUUCUAUAAUUCAAAAGUGACCAGAUAUUAUGUAAAAUUUUAAACAUAGUUUUCUCAGAGUCUAGAGAAUGCCUCCCUCUCAUCUUAAGGAUCUUCGAUUAAGUUUUUGGGCUCGCUUAGGACAUACUUUGGCAGCUCAUAUCUUGCACCUGUGACAUAACAGGUUUAAGGUUCAAUGUAAAUCACGAAAUAAUGAAUAAGAUGGAGAAAAUGCAGGAAACUAUGACAGGUAAAACGAUCAUGCCAAGAUGGAUUUUGAAGUACAAAAAUUGCGUUUUAUUUAGGUAUUUUAAGAUUUGCCAACUGCCUAUGAAUUACCCCUGAAAUUUGAAGUAUGCGUAAAACUGAAUGUAAUUUUUCUAGUUAAGUUAAAGUAGAAACUGGGUUAAGGUCACCUCUUUCAUCGAAACAAACGGUCAAAUCAGCAGUAUGAACUAGAAUUCCUGCACUAUCCAAAAUUGCCUGAGCAAGAGUUAUAUCAGAUUCUGCUGCUUCUCGUAGUGCAUCCCAUAUUUCUUUUGUGCCACCAUAGUGAGGAGCAGUGUCCCAAAACUCCUCCCUCAGCUGUAUAAGUUGACUUCUCGUUAUUGGCUGUGGAUGUUUCCAAGCUUUCGGCUUUCUGAUCUUCUUAACAUUGCCCCCGGCUUUCGCCUGUGAGGAUACAGAACAUCCCAUGUUUGCUUUCGCUAGUGUGAGCUUGAUCUUUUUCUUGUUUCUUUGAGAAAAAAAAAAAAUCGAGUUGGUUAUGUGUGCUUAUUUUGUAUGAAAUGAAAAUUUACGGAAAGUUUAUGAAAUGCUUGAGAUGAUGGAGUGAAACUUGUUUGAUGUGUGAAAAAGUUGAAUUUGCUUCUGUUGGGAAGUUC